CCGGACCACAGGCUGGGGACCAGCGGCUCUCUGAGGGGCGAAAAUGACCCAAAUAUCUGGAUAAAUGACGAAGUUCAAGAUGAAGUCCGGCCAGCGGUGGCUUCUUUUUGUUUUGUUUCUACCUUUAUCGGGUGUUUUAUGCUUUAGUGAGCUGUCCUUCAUCACAGAGCCCAGUGAUGUUUCAUUACUACCAAAGGAUCCUGCUGUGUUGAACUGUCAGGCUCAUGGGCAGCCUCCGGUCUCCAUCAAGUGGCUCAAAAAUGGAGUUAAGUUGGUAGAAAGCGAACACUUAAGGUUUCUGCCUAAUGGCUCCUUGUACAUACCAAAGAUAAAGCAUACCAAGGAAGAUUCAGAUGAAGGAUUCUACCAAUGCCUCUCCCAAAACAAAUAUGGAGCUAUUCUAAGCCAAAGAUCACGUCUGACUAUCGCAAGUAUCACAGAGUUUGAGUCGCAUCCCGUGUCCAUGGUGGUCUCUGAAGGUUCUGUGGCACGAUUCUCCUGUGCUGUCACUUCCAGUCCUCCGGCCACCAUCACCUGGGAGUAUAACCAAAGCACGCUGCCACUGCAGACAGACAGAAUAACAGUUUUGCUGAAUGGAGUUCUUCAAAUUCACAAUGUUCAACUGGAAGAUGCCGGACAGUAUCGAUGUGUUGCAGCUAACAUUGGCAGCCGUUCAAAGAGUAGAGAGGCCACACUGACAGUGAGCAAAGAUGGAGGCCCUAAACCACGUCAGAGGCCCCGGAUCAUCGCUGGACCUCAGAAUGUAACGGUGUCCCUUCACCAUACUGUGGUACUGGAGUGUGUGGCCACAGGCAAUCCCUCACCUAUCAUCUCUUGGAGCCGAGCUGACAGUAAACCCAUUGAUGUUUACAAUGCCAAAGUGCUGGGUAAUGGGAAUUUGGUUAUUACGGACGUUAACUCCAAGCACAGUGGAGUCUACCUCUGCAGGGCCACCACGCCUGGAACACGCAACCACACAACUGCAGCCGCCAACCUCACAGUUCUAGUGCCGCCGACUAUUGUUGAGAGGCCUGAGAGUCAGACCCGUCCACGAGCAGGCACUGCCCGCUUUAUGUGCCGUGCAGAGGGAGUGCCCCCACCCCGCAUCCGCUGGCUAAAGAAUGGAGGAGAGGUUCACCUAAAUGGGAGAAUAAAGAUGUACAACGGUAAACUGGUGAUCACCCAGAUUAUCCCAGAGGACGAUGCCAUCUAUCAGUGCAUGGCAGAGAAUGAGCAGGGUUCUGUGCUGUCCUUGGCUCGCCUUAUUGUUGUCAUGUCUGAGGACAGGCCCAGUGCACCGAGGAACGUCCAUGCUGAAACUAUUUCAAGCUCUGCCAUUCUACUGGCGUGGGACAGACCCCUGUACAAUGCAGACAAAGUGAUAGCCUACUCCAUCCACUACAUGAAGGCUGAAGGUCUUAACAACGAAGAAUAUCAGGUUGUUAUUGGCAACGACACAACAAGUUACAUCAUCGAUGACCUUGAACCAGCUCGAAACUACAGCUUUUAUAUCGUGGCUUACAUGCCGAUGGGAGCCAGUCGUAUGUCCGACCAAGUCAGUCAGCACACCCUGGAAGACGUACCUCUGCGUACUCCGGAGCUCACCCUGACCAGCCACAGCUCAACUGACAUCCAGGUGACCUGGCAGCCUCUGCCAGCUAAGAUCAGCCGCGGCCGGGUGUUGGCCUACAGACUCUCCUAUCGCACGGCUAUAGACGACACUGUCAUUAACGUGGAGCUAUCACAAAACAGCACCGAACAUCUCCUGGAGGGCCUGCAGCCUGAUACUAUUUACCUGCUCCGUAUUGCCGCAGCCACACGUGUGGGUUGGUGUGAGCCCUCAGCGUGGACCUCGCACCGUACACCGAAGAUCUUCAGCAACAAAGUGCCUUCAGCCCCUGUUUUGCAGCUUGAGGCACUUAACUGCACCUCCGUCAGGGCCCGUUGGCAGCCCUCCCUGAAUUCUGUGGCUGCUUUGGGUUUCCGGCUGUGCUACCACGAGGAAGGCCAACCAGAGCAGCCAAGCAUCCUGCUGCAGGCUCAGACUUACUCCUACACCUUUGGUGGCCUUGAUCCAAGGAGAAAAUAUCACGUUAAGAUUCUGGCUAUCAGCAAAGCUGGAGAUGGUUAUCAGACAGACCAAACAAUUAGCACUCCAGGAUGUGUGUCGGCCAGAGACCAGCUGGGUGCAGCUCCUCCCUCUCCGCAUCAAGUCACCAUCUUGACCAGCAAUUCAUCUGCAGUGUCCCUGCGUUGGAGUCGCCCUGCAUUUUCCCCUGGAAACGCUGUUAGCUAUACAGUUCGCUGCACACCCGUGGGCAUGCAUAACGUCUCCUCUAUACGCUACAUACACACUACCAAGCAGAGUGUUUUGGUUCAGGAUCUGAUUCCUAACACUCAGUAUGAGUUUGUGGUGCGUCUCCAUGUGGAUCAGAUGUCAAGUUCCUGGAGUUCUGUUGUUUACCGUCAGACGCUGCCAGCAGCGCCUAACCACCCGCCUGCAGGGGUGCGGGUCACUCUGAUUGAGGAUGACACGGCUCUGGUGUCCUGGAGGGAGCCCACUGAGCCUAAUUUGGUGGUUACACACUACACCAUUCUGUAUGCUACCCAGCAAGCUUGGAUGGCGGGACGCUGGCAAAGAAUACAGAGAGAGGGAACUCAUACCAUGGCCUUAUUAGAGAAGCUGGAGCCAGGCAAUGUCUACCUGGUGAAGAUUUGUGCCUCCAACAAAGUAGGUGAUGGACCUUUCUCCAACAUUGUGGAGCUGGCGCCGACGCGUGGACACGUCCACCGCAGCAAGAAUCCCAGGCACUCCGACAGCUUUCCAGACACAGCAGUGUUCUCCGAUGGCCUCUACCACAUUGACCAGAGGUCUAUGACGGGCAUAAUGGUCGGUGUGAGCAUUGCCUUAACCUGUAUUGCCAUGUGUGCCCUAAUCCUGAUCAGCAAGGGCAGACCAAGAAAAUCAGCUAGUCCCAAAGUGAUUGCUGUGAGAGCUUCUCAAGGUCCACAUCCUGGGAUGUCACUUCCCAGUAAUUACCACUUGGAGAAUGUUGAGGCCCUUUUACCUAUGAUCAGCAAUCAACUCAUAGAUCCUAAGGUUGGGUCUGAUAUCGUCAUAAAUAGUUGCGGUUCAGUUAGCGGCAAUAUUCAAAGCAAGAAAUGGCUGAUUUUCAAGAAAGAGAUGAGCAUUCCACCUGCAAAUGAUGUUGAGACAAGAGCCUGUUUGUACGAGACUGGCAAAACCGUCCUGAGGUACGAUGAGCACCUAGGCUCAGGUCCUCUGCCCGCUUCGUCUCGGGAGAUCAUCUACGGACCGCUUCACUCGGAGAGCUCUCACAGCAGUGAAGGCAGCCAGGAAACGGGAGACUCCGGACACUACUCCAACGAGGAAAGCAAUGAAGAAAUGAGCAACUCGUCAACCUGCCAAAGUUCAAGAACCACACGUUUGGAGUCAGAAAAUGUCACUGCUGGUCCAAAUCUUAAGCAGGCUGUUAAAUUGGAAGCAGAGGGAAUGCCGUUCCAUCACUCAGCUCCUGAAGCUUCCUGGUCUACCGGCACUUCUGGUGACUCCCAUCCCCAAGCAGCCUGCUCCUGACACCUCCAGGGCUGUUUCCAGACUCCAUCGGCUAAAGCUACACCACUUCUACCUCAUUCACUUCCUGAGAAGAGACCCUUGAGUAUUUUGUGAUGGAGAGGGGAAAUCAGGAACUAGCUGCUGAAACGGAAGAAACGUGCAUUCGCUUUGGACGUACCUCAGGAUUUUGUAUGAAUGUCGUUAAAACAUUUUUUUCCUUUUUUACACAACUUUCUACCUGUUUGUGUGUUUGGUAUUGUAUGUCCUAACCAAAGCUCACCCAUGAUGAAUGUUUGAAAAGAAAGUCAGAAUUGGCUGUGUGAUAUUUAUUAGAGAUGCACCGAUCAGAAUCUUGUUGGCUGUUUCUGGUUUUUGUGAAACUUCGAUCUACCGGCAACAGACCUAAGCUACGGUGCAUUCAUUGAUCGGAAAAAGAUUUGAUUUUUUGAUUUUGCAACCAGCCUGUCGAUGCCCCAAUACUGGUCACCAGCAGAUUUCAUGGUGCAUCUCUAAUAUUUAAUUGUCUACUAGAACAGAUGAUAUACUAGAGUCCUUUUUGAAAAACGAUCUGCCUUAGUGUGCUGUUUCUAUAUACAUUGCUACCUCCUCUUGCCUCGUGUUCUGCAGUAUUGCCUCAGACUCAGGAGACAAAGUGAAAAAGCUUCGUUUCCACGUCCACCUUUUCUCUGAUCAUUACGUUCAGCUUCUGCCUACAUGGUUUGAAAGUCAUUUUGUUUCUCGUCGCUUGUCUUUGUCGUAAAGAUGAAAAGUGCAUUACAUUUUGUCAAACUAUUUUUAGCUUUAUCAAACAGUAUUGUUUGGCAUUUUCAGUGCACUGAACUCAAAGCUUUAACAUGGCCUUAAUAUAGAAAGGGCUUUACGUGCUAGAGAUGGUUAGAUCCAAAGACAGAAAGAAAAAACUGCACCCAAAGAGUUACAUUAGAAACUAUAAGGCAACCAAAAAUAUAAUAGAUGUCCUUUCAGGAUGCGUUUGCCAAAAUUAUUGUUCUUACCAGAGAUGUAAAUGUUCCUUUGAAUGAUGCUGGCUUCUCUGUGUAAUUGUUAAUAGUGCUUUAUUCUGGUGAAAGCUUUAGCACAAGCCUUGUGCUCCGUUUGCCUUCUAGAUCAUUCCUAAAUGCAGAGGUGAUGCCGAUGCUAUUAUCCAAAGAGUUGUUCUGCUUCCUCAGAUGGGUACAGCUUGUUUUCUACUGUUGAUCCUUUGUCUGGCCUGGUUUAAAGUAUACACACAUGACCAGAGAUCCAGUGUGUCUUGCCAGUGAUGAAUGACUGUAAUUAUUCUGAACUGAGAGAAUCAUGCGUCUCCAUUCAUUAACUUCGCUGUAAUUUGGAUUUCCUGUCCAGGAUACUGACUAUCAUAAUAGAAACCCUCUGUGUGAAGAACAACAUAAUCAAAAUUUUAUAUCUUUGUAAUACAAAUAAUCCUCACCAAAGGAUCUUAAAGUCUUUAUUAAUUUUGUGAUUUUCUUUGGUUUUUAUUUCCAUUUGUAUUCAAAGAUGAUGUGAUUUCUGCUGAGUUUGGUUUCUAGAAAGGCCUUUUCUGUCCACACAGUUAUUUUUUCAAGCUCGAAAGGUUUUCUGGUGUCUUUUUAACCACCUUGAAUUUUAACCUGAAUGAUUAUUAGGUUCCUUUGGGAAAAUUCAGAUUUAGAUUCUAUUUCUUUAGCACAAUGUUGUGAACCCAAAAAAUGUAUUGUGACACUUUUCCAAAAUGUCUUCUUUCAGUUUUAUCUAAGUCAGUGUGAUGACUGCUAUAAAACUGCUAAAACUGAAAGGUAAUGAAACCAAUAGGUUUUGAAUUUAGACAUAGAAUGUAGAUUUAACUGUUAUUUAAGUUUUCUGAUGUGUUUUUUUUUUUUUUUUU